AUAAGAAAAGUUCAAUACUUGUUUGUCGUGGAAAAGGAAAUAAAAAACGAAGUCAAUUGGGGUCCGAAUUUUCUUCUUGUUUGUAUGAUUAACUAAGCAGCCAAAGAAAGAAGUUCCUUUGCCUGAGAGAAUUUUAACACAAGCCAUCUCUCGUUAGGAACAGUUGGGCGUCUAUCAAAUAUCAAGCGGCCAUGGUAGGUGACCUUUGACCCUUGUACUUCCAAACCAUCAUUCGGUUCAUCCCACCGUCUCAUCCUACACUUGAGAAGAGCUUCAAUGGCAGAACACCAUCCUUCAGAUAUUCAAAUCAAUUCCCGGCAAGGUACUGCAAUCCACCCUGUAGAGGCGGAUGGCCAGUCGUUACAAGCAUCAGGUUCAGUUGCUUAUUGGGAAGUCAAGCAAUUCAGGAAAUGGAUACCUUGGUUAAUUCCAUCAUUUGUUAUAGCCAAUAUUGUUAUGUUCAUUAUCACCAUGUCCGUUAAUAACUGCCCUAAGAAUUCAGUCUCUUGUAUUGCUCGAUUCUUGGGUAGAUUCUCUUUCCAGUCCCUAAAAGAAAAUCCUCUGCUUGGACCUUCAUCUCUAACGCUACGGAGGAUGGGUGCACUAGAAGUUAAUAAAGUUGUUCAUGGAAACCAACUAUGGCGUCUUGUUACGUGUAUAUGGUUACAUGCCGGUGUUUUUCAUUUAUUGGCAAAUAUGUUAAGUCUGUUGGUCAUUGGAAUUCGUCUUGAACAAGAAUUCGGAUUUUUACGGAUUGGUUUGCUAUAUGUUAUAUCUGGAUUUGGUGGGAGUCUGUUGUCUUCUCUAUUCAUCCAAUCUAACAUUUCUGUUGGGGCUUCUGGUGCCUUAUUUGGGUUGCUCGGAGGAAUGCUUUCCGAACUCAUCACUAACUGGACGAUAUAUUCUAAUAAGGUUGCAGCUCUUGUUACUCUGUUGGUUAUUAUAGUGAUCAAUUUGGCAGUAGGAAUUCUUCCUCAUGUUGACAAUUUUGCUCAUAUUGGAGGAUUUAUUUCUGGAUUUCUUCUGGGGUUUGUAUUUCUCAUUCGCCCGCAGUUUGGAUGGGUUAGCCAAAGAUAUACUUCUCAAACAAAUUCUUCCUUUGGUGCGAAUCAUAAAUUCAAGAUAUAUCAAUGUGUAUUGUGGAUCGUUUCGCUAAUACUUCUGAUUGCCGGGUUCACCGCUGGUCUGGUUUUACUUCGUCGAGGAUUUGAUGCAAACCGUCAUUGUUCUUGGUGCCAUUAUUUGUCUUGCGUUCCUACUUCAAAAUGGAGCUGUAAUUCAGAAACUACAUACUGUUUGUCCCAGCAAGUAGGUAACCAGUUGAAUCUAACAUGCUCAAGCAACGGCAAAUUCGGGACGUAUAUUCUCCCAAAUGCUUCAAAUUCAGAGAUACAAGAUACUAUAAAGAAGAAGGCUCUGGGAAGCUAAUAAAUGAAGCACAUAUGAACUAUUGGUUUGUCCUUGAAGGCUUGAAUUUAGCGGUGAGUGGAUGGAACAAUGCUUAAAAAUUGUGGGAGAAUAUAGUAGUAGAGAGAAGAAAUUUUAGUUGAACUUACUUGUAAGGCUAUACAAUAAAUAAUAAUAAUAAUAAUAAAACUUACUUCAUGGCCACUUCCAAUGGGGGAUUUCUUCAAACUGAUUCAUCCACUCCACCACCAUCUCUUCCUCCUUGGCUUUCCAACUCCAACGGUGGCUCGUCGCUCCGACCGCCUUCCCCGUCAGUCACCUUAACGUUAUCUUCCCCUACAGUUCCAGCCUACACUCCCAUCCCCUGGUUGCAACAGCCAGACAGAAUGCCAGAAAACAUACCUCUUGUAUUAGGCAAUUUAGCACCUCAAAUGUCAAUGCCAUCAUGUGGUGGUAGCCUCUUUGCUUCCGAGCUCGUCGAGUGCUGCCGAGAGCUCGACGAAGGCCACCGUGCUUGGGCAGCACACAAGAAGGAAACAGCAUGGAGGUUAAGAAGACAAGAGUUGCAAUUGGAGUCGGAGAAGGCGUCUCGGAUUCGACAAAAGAUGGAAGAGGUUGAAGGGAAAGUAAAAGCUCUUAGAGAAGAAGAGAAGAUUGCUUUGGAAAGGAUUGAAGCUGAGUAUAAGGAACAAUUGGCAGGGUUUAGAAAAGAUGCCGAGGCUAAAGAACAAAAGUUGGCUGAGCAAUGGGCUGCUAAACAUAUGAGCCUUACUAAGUUUCUUGAGCAUAUGGGAUGCAGGACUAGAAUUGCUGAGUCAAGUGGGAGGUGAGAAAACCAAUUGCCACAAUUUCAAGUUUUGUGAUUGCCUCUAUGAAUUUCUUCAUGGGAAAUUCUUUCCUUUUCAAUCCCUCUUUUUCUUUAUAUUUUUACUUCCAUUUUGUAUCUAUUGACAUCUGAAAUUAUGCAUCAAUGUCAUCCUAUAUUUGCUUUGUAAUUGAUACUCUUGCAAGCAAAAUGUCAAGUAUUUUUUUUCA